AUGAGCUUCCGCGGCUUCCAGAAGAGCGUGGUCAGAGCGCCGCAACAAUUCAAGGCCAAGUUCAACAUUGGCGAAGUCCACAAAGAUGCCGUCUUUACAGAUUCCGAGCGCCGCUUCCAGGAGCUCGAAACCGAGACGAAGCGCCUCCACGACGAGAGCAAGAAAUACUUUGACUCCAUUAAUGGCAUGCUCAACCACCAGAUCGAGUUCAGCAGAGCGAUGACGGAAAUCUACAAGCCAAUCUCUGGGCGCAUGUCUGACCCAAACAGCUUGGUUGUCCACGGUAAUCCCGAGGGCAUCCAAGCCUGUGAGGAAUACGAGGCCGUGGUCAAGGACCUCCAGGAAACAUUAGCGCCGGAGCUCGAGAUGAUUGACCAAAGAGUUAUUGGCCCCGCGAAUGAGCUGCUCGAUGUCCUCAAAGCUAUCAGGAAGACCGCCACCAAACGCGAGCACAAAAAGCUCGACUUCGAUCGACACAACGCAACACUCAAGAAGCUCAAGGACAAGAAAGAGAAGACACCAAAGGAUGAGAAGGCGAUGUGGAAGGCGGAGAACGACGUGGAAGUCUCGACACAAGAAUUCAACUACUUUAAUGACCUUCUCAAGGAGGAGCUGCCCAAGCUCUUCGUCCUCGAACAAGAGUUCAUUCAGCCUUUGUUCCAGUCAUUCUACUACAUGCAGCUCAACAUCUUCUACACCCUGCAUGAGAAGAUGCAGGGUUGUGACAUUGGCUACUUCGAUCUCACGAAGGACAUUGAGGAAGCUUUCCACGAGAAGCGCGGGGAUAUCCAAGAGCAAGUCGAGAAGCUCACGAUUGUGCGUUUCAAGACUAGUGGCCGACAGCGGCCACCAAAGUAUGGCAACAAGCCUCAGUUGGCUCUGGAAGGGGGCUCGAAACCUGCGAGUCUCUUGACCGCCGGGCCGUCAACAUCCCAAUCAGACACCGCACCCAGAUUUGGCUCGCCACAGGUCACGGCUGAGGAGGAUGAACACGCACCUCCACCUUAUUCAGCUGGUGCAGUGCCGUCAAAGUUCCCCUCAUCACCCAGCUACGGUAAUGGUGCUGCGUCUCCAGGCAUGGCGGUCGCUGCCGCCGCGAAAGCGAAGCCUCCGCCGCCCAAGCCGAAGCCCAAGGCUUUGGCAGGCAAGACCACGGCCGAGACCGUCACAGCCCUGUACGACUACUCUGCGCAGGCGGAAGGCGAUCUGAGCUUCAGAGCGGGCGAUGUCAUCGAGAUUGUCUCCCGGACGCAAAACGACAAUGAGUGGUGGACAGGCAAGCUCAAUGGCAAGGCGGGACAGUUCCCAGGUAUGCUUGCACAUGGCCCGAACAAAAAACCCAUAGGGAUUACACGCUAA